GUCCCCGGGUUAAAUGCAGGGCGGUGCAGAGAUGCGAUCCAUAAGCGGGGAAGUGCAAUAAUAUCACAAACUCAAAACUCUUUCGAGCUGUCGUUUUUGCACAGGUGGCAAAGUGGAGCUCUGUUCCUGCAGGCUUCAGCUGAACAGCACGGCCCAUGCGGUAGAUAUUGAGCAGCAUGGCGUCUGAUGCGAGUCACAUGUUGGAGGCUGCUUUGGAGCAAAUGGACGACAUCAUUGCAGGCUCUAAGGUGAUGGUGGAGUUCACUAACGGUAUGCCGGAUAUGGGUUCUCCGGUCAGUGUGGGUCCACUGCAGGUGUUACAGUUAGCAGAGGAGCUACGUUUGGCUCUGGAGCUUCAGGGUGGAGAAGGUCGAGACACUCUGCGCUCACAGAUGCCCUGUUCCACCGCACAGACCCUGCUGGAGUGGCUGGACAAAGGCAUGGUUAACCGCCAGCCCUGUUCGAACAAUGAGACGUAUCAAGAGCGCUUGGAAAGAUUAGAGGGGGACAAAGAAUCUCUGGUUCUCCAGGUGAGUGUUCUGACAGAGCAGGUGGAGGCUCAGGGAGAGAAGAUCAGAGAUCUGGAAGCCUCUCUGGAGGAACAUCACCACAAACUUAUCUCCACAGAGGAAAUGCUUCAGCAGGAGCUACUGAACCGCACCUCGUUGGAGACUCAGAAGCUGGAUUUGAUGGAUGAGGUUUCAUAUCUGAAGCUGAAGCUGGUCAGUAUGGAGGGCAAUCACAACCACACGGAGAGAGACGACAACCAGCACAAAGCUGAGUGUGUGGUUAAUGUGAUCAGCGAGCUCCAGGCGCAGAUGCGCAAAUUCCAGCAGGAGAUCAGCACACGCAUCCAGGAGCAGCGGGCUCUCGAGGGCCACCCGGAGAGCACGGCUCGUGAUGUCCACGAUGCGCAUUAUGUUCUCGAUCGCAGCACAGAUGCCGACAUGUGCUCAUCAGAUUCCGAGGACUGCAGACGCCAAUGUAGUUCUGUAGAAGACAAUCAGGCGCUGGUGCACCAGCUGCGUGCGUUGAAGGCCAAAGUGGACGAUUUGGAGAAUGAGAAAUCGCAGUAUGAGAGAAAGCUGAAAGCCACAAAGACAGAGAUCACCGAGCUUCAGCAGCUUUUGUCCUCCAAAGAUGCAGAGAUCGAUUGUCUACAGAAUCAACUCCUGUCCAGAGGAAAUAUGAACAGUGACGGUGUGGAAAGAGAGGAAGUGUUCAAGAGGAAAUUAAAAGACAAACAUCUAGAGAUGCAGAGGCUGAAAAUUGGGAUGGAGUCACUUUUAGCUGCAAACGACGAAAAGGAUCGUCACAUAGAGGAGCUCACAGCGCUGCUCAGCCAAUACAGGAAAUGCAAGGACAUGAUGGUGCUUUCUCAAGUGUGUGGUGAUCGGUUGCUCUGUGGCAGCAGUGAGGAGGAUCUGAGUGGGUCUCUGAGGAUGCGUGCGCUGCCCCAGAAGGCUCACUCAGACAUCGUCAGGUCCAGCCUGCAGAUGUCAUCAUCUCGAGGGACACCUCAAAUCUUACUGCCGUCAAUGUGUCUACAAAAUGAGUUUGAUUCCAGCUGUCGCAGUCUGCAGUCCCCCAUGGACUGCCACAGCUUGCACUGCAGACAAUGGUCGACGUUGAGGAUGCUGUCUUCCAGUCUAGAGGAGUUACAGAGUGGAUCCAAACCGAGGCAUGUAAUGGGGCAGCCUGUAGAGCCUAUUCUAGAGAACCGGCUUGUAUCAGACAGCAGUAAGUACCAGACUCUUCCGGGGAAGUUGUCCAGACCAGAGCAGAACGGAGAGAGGGAGCGGCGCUCUUCUCCACUCCAGCUGUCACCUGAUGAGAGUGAAGAGAGCGAGAUCAACUUGACAAAGUCAGAGAAGACGGAUGAGUCCACACUAUCGGAUGUGUCGCCCAUGUCAUCGGGCAUGGAUUCGGGCCAGCAGUCGCCUGUUUCUCCUGAGAAUAGGAAGAAUCAGAAAGGCAUCAGGAAACUGUGGGGAAAGAUCAGAAGGACGCAGUCGGGUGGUCUACCUGCAGACGGUGUGGAUGAUUUGAAGAGGGGAGGAGUCCGUGCAACAGCGGGCCCUCGGUUGGCAGGCAUGGGCAACAGAGAUUCAGGACGAGACAUGAACAACACUCCCUUCUCAAAGUGGUCAUGUGAUCAGGUGUGUGUGUGGUUGGAGGAUUAUGGGCUGGGACAGUACAUCCACAUGGCCAGUCAGUGGGUGAGCAGUGGACAGACUCUCCUCUCUGCCUCCGCGCAUGACUUUGAAAAGGAGCUGGGGAUGAAACACCCGCUGCAUAGAAAGAAGCUGCAGCUCGCCCUGCACUCAUUCACCACGCGGCAAAGUGAGAAAUCUGCAGAGCUCGACUACAUCUGGGUCACACGAUGGCUGGACGAUAUCGGUUUACCACAGUAUAAAGAUCAGUUCCAUGAAGGCCGUGUAGAUGGGAGGAUGCUGCAGUACCUCACUGUGAACGAUCUGCUGAUUCUUAAAGUGAGCAGCCAGUUGCACCACCUCAGCAUUAAAUGUGCCAUCCAUGUGCUGUAUGUAAACAAGUUCAACCCUAACUGCUUGAAGAGGAGACCGGGGGACGAGUCACAGAUGCUGACAUCACCCUCAGAAGUGAUGCAGUGGUCCAACCACCGCGUGAUGGAGUGGCUUCGCUCAGUGGAUCUAGCCGAAUACGCUCCCAACCUGAGAGGCAGCGGCGUGCAUGGGGGUCUUAUUAUCCUAGAGCCACGCUUUAACUCGGACACAUUAGCGAUGCUGCUGAAUAUCCCACCCCAGAAGACCCUGCUGAGGAGACACCUCAACACCAACUUCAACUCUCUAGUGGGAGAUCAGGCUCAACUGGAGAAACAGGAAUACAUGGAGUCUCAGAGCUACACACCGCUCUCCACUACAGCUAAAAUCCGGCCAAAGAAAAUUGGUUUCUCCAAUUUCGGACAGUUCCGAAAGAAGCACCCUGACGACCCUAGUGACUACAUCUGCCCUCUGGAGUCUCCAAAGGCUCUGGCGCAUCUCAGCGAUUCCCACCGACCCAACUCCGGCGUACAGGAGCGGGACACUGAGAGGAGGGAACAGGUGGGGUCUCUGCUGGGCUCGAACUAAACUAACCACCCAUCUCCCACUCAGCUCACCACCAACUACCCCUCCGUCCACUCAUCCCCUGAUCACCUGGGCCAAACCCCCCCCCCCCCCCCCCUUUCAGUGCCAUCACCUAAUCCCCAUCAUCCCACACUCACCAUCAUGACAUGUUACUGAGUGACAAUUACAGACUGUGUGCUUUGCUAAUUGUAUGAUUUUUUAUGACGCGAAUCAUCUUCCAUUUUAUAACCAAUUUUAUAAUUUUGUGCUGUUUGGGGGAAAACAGGAUUAAUGACCUUGUGCAAUAUUUGUACAUGUAUUUAAUAUUUAUAAUGAGAAAUUUUAACAGGAAUCAAUUUUACGGAUGAUUUUUAUACCAUCUGCCAGCAGUGCAUAUCUGGAAUAUGUUUCGUAUGUUAUAAUAUUCAAGGUAAUAUUUUUAUUUUAAAAAAAUUUUUAAAAUGCAUAUAGUGCUUCAUAUUACAAAGCACUUUGUAUAUAUUUAUAAAUACAUAAAAGACAUGAAAUCUAUGAAAUACAAUGAUCAAUAAAACUCAUCAAUCACUGUAA